AUGAACCUUAGAGAACAGAAUGGUACAGGAUACCCUCCCCCCGACAAUGUGAUACGGACAUAUCUAAGCCAAGCCGAUGCUGCAACCACUGCCCACGAACGUGCAUGCGGUUUCUUGAAGGCAUUGUUCGACGAAACUGCAGAGGUGCUGUUGGGCAAAGUCUCACCUCCGGAGAAGCAUGAGCCGAUCUCUCUCAAGCAUCCCACAAAACCUGUUUCGGAGCAAUUCCGAGAGUAUAUGAUGGCCGGGAUGAGCAUGACAUCGCAUGGACAGUUUCAUAAUGAAUUUUACAGGCGAGUCAUCCUCCGUGCAAAUACGGCUACAGUGCAAUGUGCUAAGUACAUGGCAGAUAACGCUGGCGCCGCCGAGCCUGUUCAGUCCACUAAGCCCACUGCACCUGUAUCUCCUUCACAUCUCGGAGUGUGCACGUUUCCACCUAACGAGUCCUUCGCUAAGCUGGCCGAGAUCUUACAGAAAGAAGAGUCGCCUUUGUCCACAAAGGCUGUAUCGAAGAAGGCAACAGCGGAAGGUCCCCUGGUGGUGUUAGAAUUCGAUGAAUCGCAUAUGCUGAUGAAGCCAGCCAGUGGUGGUAAUGCUUGGUCAAAUUUCGGAGAGCUAUGUCGGGCGCUCCGUGCUCUGAGUGACUACCCUCUAUUUUCUCUCUUCCUCUCCACCACGAGGAAGAUCAAUCAAUUCAUCCCAUCUAAGGACAAUGAACCUUCACUGCGAAUUAUCUUCGGUGAUCUGAUUUUGAUCCACCCUUUCACUGAUCUUGGCUUAGACCAGCUGGCGAGGUUCAUCUCGUUCGUUGAGUCUAAGGUCAGCCCCUUGGACGUUGUCACAACUGAAUAUAUCUCGCAUCUUGGACGUCUGCUUUGGGGUGCUCGUUAUGAUUACCCAGACUCUCAAAUUCAACAAGGAAUACUUGCCUUUGCCGUAAGGAAACUUGUUGGCAUGGUGGACAGAAGCAAGGGACUGGGGAUAUUACAGAAACUUGCAUGCCUUGCCCAAAGACUUCCUAUUGAAUUCAAAUCCAUCACAUACCUCUCUCAUGUUCAAGAGCUGGAGCAGAUUGAAAGCUAUAUGCGGGUCUGCAUCAGACUCGAUGCUGGGCUGGAGAGCAUGACUUCUGCGUCACCGUCUGAGCCUAUUCUCUCUGAGGCGGCCUACUGGAUGAUGCAGGACAAAUCAUUUAACGCGCCUGAUGCGCUCAUGUCAAUCCUACACGGUUUUUCUAUUGAUAAAGGUGCACGGGGCGAGCUCCUGGUGAUGUUGCUAUUCACAAUGGCUCGAGAUGCGGCUGUUGGCAACCCUGAUAGCUUUGGCAUGCCGACUCAACGGUGGAACACCGUCCCUCGUUUGUUGGAACAUUUGUUCUGCACUCCAUCACCGGCCUCGGAGGAGCAUGUCGACAUACUUGCCUGCAAUGGAUCGGAGCUUACUCCUAGUGGACGGGCGGAGUUUCCCAGACACCUGAAGGAAACGUUCGCAGACAGUAAAUGUUAG